AUCUAUACAGAGAGAUAUGUGAGAAUAUGGUGCCUAUGGUAUAGGAAUUUGCAUGCUAAUGAAGGAGGUGUGAGGAGGUUGGUUCGCCAUAGGAUAUUAAUACUGAAAAUCAAUUGCGAAAUCACUAGAUCAAGUCAUGCCUGUGCUUUCACAACUUCUUUAAAUGACUUAUAAUAUGUUCUUUUUUUCUUUUCCUUGUCAACUAUUUUUUCGAAAGUAUACGUUUUUAAUGGGGUCGUUGGAAGUUGAGAUUCUUCAAAUAUGUGUAUUUGAUGAAUACAUCUAUUGUAAAUACAAAGAUUGUAAGAAUUAGAUAAUUGGAAGAAUGUUGGUUGUACCAUUCAAAAUUUUAAAAGAAAAGAAAAAAUCACUUUAUGAGCUAAAAGUGGAACAAAUUAAAGCCCGCAAUCUCAAAUGGAGAACCUCACCUUUAUGUUGACAUUUAAAAUGAUUGAUUGUGGGUGAUAUAAGAUUUGAUGGCCCACCUCAAAUGCAUGUAUUGAAUACAGUUUUGGAACAAAAAAAACGAUAGAUUCUCCAAAAUACAUGAAUUCAAAGAAUCAUAACUUCUAAAUGAACCUAAAUUUAAGUAAAAUGGUUAUUCAAGUGAUGAUGCAUCAUUAGCACAUAAAACAACAAAAUAUGUCUUAAAUAUAUGUAAAAUGUGAAUGGAAAGGGUGGGAUAGGAUAGGACAGGGUGGGGUAGGGAGAGGCAUGAUUAAUUUGAUGGCGAUGUGAAUGAGGGUAUUUGUUUAGGUACAACAACAUUUUAUAUUUCAAUCUCAAUGGGUUAAUACUAACAUGGCAACACCACCCCCUAGAGAGUUUUAAAAAAUGACUCUAUAAUAACAAAUGACAUUGACAUACAUAAAAAUAGACAAAGAAAUGAUGAAUGAAUUCGGAGGUGUUUUGAUUUGGGUGUUGGAAUACGUGGUUCCAACUGAUCUAUCUUAAGUUGUUUAGGUAUAUUUUCAAGAGUUCGAUUCCAAAGGUUAACGGUCUUUACCUUGCCAUGUUGAUAUAGAUUCUAUACGUCAUAUAAUAACUAACUAACUGUAGAAUCUGCCAAUUUUCGUAAGCUUGGUUUUGGAGCUACCAAAAUUCGGAAUUGAGCAAAUUUAAUGACAUUGGAUUCGAUAGACUUUCUAGUUUUAGAGCAUGCAAGAGCAUAAUUUUUUCUAAAUUCAUAUCCAACAUUAAAAUAAAAUCAUAUUAUCCUAUCAGCAAUAUUAAUGGACCAAUAAUAUGUUGGCACUUCUUUUCUAGUUAUAUUAGAAGCCUAUGGUGAAUAUAGCCACCAAUAUACAGCAACAAAGGGCAUAGAAGAAGCUAUUGUUAUGUUGGUCAAUUUGGGAAGGGAGAGUUUUGGUUUUGGCAUCAUGUAAUGAUGUGCUGUUGGGCUAUUGUUUCCUCUAUCAUGAAAGAAACAGAGCAUCUUUCACACAUAACAGCAACCAGCUAGCUCUCUGUUCAACAAUGCAAUUACAUGCUCUUUAUUAUUAGGAUGAUAAAAUGAUAUGAUAGGAGUAUGAGUAGGUGGUGGGUGUGGGAAGCAAUGUUACCUUAGCCAAAAAGAUCAUGUUGUCUCCUCCUCUUCCCUUUGUCUAUUAUGUGGCUCACAUGACAAAUCACAUUCAUCUUCUUGUCUUCUUGCAUCAUAUAUCCCUAAACACCAAGAUAAAUAUCACACAUUCCAAUUCAUGCAAAAAAACAAAGGCCACUUCCCUAAUGGGUAGAUUCUCUUUUGGCUUUCAUGGUGUAUGAUAGGAAGGAUUACAAGAAGCAAAUGGACUAGCUUUUUAAAGAUCUUUUCAUGGGUAACCAAUCUUGUUGAUAAUAAGAAAGAGUUAUUCUCAGGGAUUGGAAUGCAAAGGAAUAAUAUAAGAUACAUGCUUCAAAUUCCUUUCUAUAAAUUGAGUUAUCGAGAGCAGUUAGUAUCUUGACAUGAUAUAAUGUGAUGAUUAAAAUACUUUGUGUGUAGAAACCUUACUACCUUCAAUAUUAGCAAUUGAUCAUUUAAGGGAAGGCUGAAACCCUAAAGAGUGGGAGGAACAAAGGUAGAUAUGAGGAAACUAGCUCAUCACCCUCUACAUGUAUGAAAGAGAGCUUUCUAAGUUUGCUUGUGAUGUUGAAAGAGUAUCCACUAAAGAGAAGCUUAAGGAAUGAGGAAAGGGUAUAGAUGACCAUUGUUGCUUCUCUAGUUAUGGACUAGAAGCAAUGGAUCAUUCUCUUCUUUAUGACUGCUUACUUUUAAACCAUUGUUGUUGUACCAUGCAAGAGUUCUAACCUUAUCAUGUUGUUUGGUACUUUGCAGGUUCAACUCACUGGGCGAUCAACGUUUUCGAAUGAAGUUAUCCUUGAUGCCAAACUGACUAGUUGAAUUGGAAUUUGGUUGUGAGUUUACACUUGCGAACGAAAAUGCGCUAGAAUUCAGGGAUCAAUUGCUAAUUAGCCUUGUUAGGAAGUAUAGAGAUCAAUGUUCAAAGAUGUACAUUAGACAAUAUUGUGUUUGUGUUAGCCAAGUGUUUGUACUUAAUAGGUGUUAUGAGGAUCAAGUUCCCUGAUGUAAACUAAUCUAUAUAAUUUGUAAUUUUCUCAUAAAUAAAAUUAUUUUUUUGGAUUACUGUUCAUGAUUGAUAUGUCAUUCCAGAUAAAACUACUUAAUGGAUUGCAAUGUUGUAUAAAAUUUUCAUUUUAUAAAUCAUUUGCAUAAACAAUUUUGUCAUGCUUAACUAUAACAAAAUUUAGUGAUUACUUACUAAUAAUUUUUAUAAAUAUUUUUGUAAAUAGUUAAAAACAUUAUUAAACCUCCCAAAAACAACAAAACCCAAGGUGCCAAAACUCCUAAAGCAUCAAAUCACCCCUACCCUUCACAAUUCUACCCUUUCCUUCCUCUCUGUAAAUUUACCAUUAACUAGGCCAGGCAAAGGCUAACAAAAUCCCAAGAACCGUCCUCUCUCCAUCUCUUCUUCAUCCUCUCUCUCUCUCGUUUAAUUCAUCGCCAUCGCCAUCAAUAAUCAAUUCUGCCAAUCUCUCUCUUCUUCCUCGCUGAUUUAUUCAACGAACUGUAUUGGGCAAGUAAGAAUCAGAAGGUAAAACCUUAUCGUCCCUUCCUCGCUUUAGAUCUUCCUUUAACUUGCUUCCCUCUUUUCUCAGAUCGUUUUGCUCCAAUUUUACAUGACUUGGCAAAGGGCUUCUUCUCCAUUCCUUUUCAUGUGUUUUUUAUUGGGUUGCCGCCAUUCCAUCUACUAGAAUCAAGCUUGUUAGAUUCUCAAUUCAUUCCCUUUUAUAGAAGGUUAAUUCCAAUUGGUUUUCAUCUAUUAUUUCUUCUUCAAGUUGGGUGGAUUCCUCAGCCAGAGAGGAUGAAUUGUUCUUUCCUUGUUUUGGGUUUCUGAUUUUUUGUUAGGGUUCUGAAUUGUGGGAAUGAUACCUUUUUGUACUCUAGCCUGCUGGUCUGAUAUUUUUUGGGGUUAUGGAUGUUGUGAAUUUGAUCGCUGGGUUUUUGCAAAGCACUUGGCUUUAUGGUUUCGGAAUGAAGUGUUGUUGCUUUGAUAAACGCAGGAAUAAGCCAUGUCCCACCAACGACACCAAUCGGGUGAGUUCAAUUACAUGGCAGAAGAGGCUGACAUGGCUGAUUUCGUUGAUGAAAUUGAUGAAGACAACUAUGGGGGUGCGGCAGCCGGAGGUGGAGUUGAUGUGGAAAUGGAGGCAGAUGAAUAUGACAUGCUUACCAAGGUGACCGACACAUCUUCUGCCCAAGCUAGGAUGGGCAAAGAUAUACAAGGUAUUCCAUGGGAAAGAUUGAAUAUAACCAGAGAGAAGUACAGAUUAACACGCCUUGAACAGUAUAAGAACUACGAAAACAUCCCUUUGUCUGGGGAAUUCGUCGAUAAGGCAUGUAAACCAACAGAUAAGGGGGCCAACUUCUACGAGUUCUUCUACAAUACUCGAUUGGUCAAACCCACAAUUCUUCAUUUCCAGCUAAGGAACUUGGUCUGGGCUACUUCAAAACAUGAUGUGUAUCUGAUGUCUAACUACUCUGUCAUGCACUGGUCAUCAUUGUCUUGCAAUUUAUCCGAGGUCAUCAAUUUCGCCGGGCAUGUAGCCCCUGAUGAGAAACAUUCAGGAAGCUUGCUGGAAGGUUUCACACAAACUCAAAUAAGCACUUUAGCUGUUAAAGAUAAUUUCUUAGUUGCAGGGGGCUUCCAGGGAGAGCUUACUUGCAAGCGUUUAGGUAAACAAGGAGUUAGCUUUUGCACCCGUACUACUUAUGACGAUAAUGCCAUUACAAACUCCAUUGAAAUAUACGAUGGCUUGAGUGGUGGAAUUCAUUUCAUGGCAGCCAACAACGAUUGUGGUGUGAGGGAAUAUGAUAUGGAGAGGUUUCAGCUCUUGAAUCAUUUCCUGUUCCCUUGGCCGGUGAACCAUACAUCAAUAAGCCCGGACAAAAGACUGGUUACUGUUGUUGGUGAUAACUUGGAUGCACUGCUGGUAGAUUCCCAAAAUGGAAAGACGGUAUCCACGAUGUCAGGCCAUCUAGAUUACUCUUUCGCCUCGGCAUGGCAUCCCAAUGGCCUCGUGUUUGCUACAGGAAAUCAGGACAAGACAUGUCGCGUUUGGGACAUACGGAACUUAUCGUCCCCUGUGGCAACCCUGAAGGGCAACCUAGGAGCAGUGCGGUCGAUUCGAUUCUCGUCGGAUGGCCAGUUCAUGGUGGUGGCCGAGCCUGCUGAUUUCGUGCACGUGUAUAGCACGCAACAAAACUACCAGAGAAGGCAAGAGGUCGACUUCUUCGGCGAGAUAUCAGGAGUAGCACUUAGCCCAGACGACGAGUCGUUAUACAUAGGGAUAUGGGACCGGACAUAUGCGAGCUUGCUGCAGUAUAACAGACGGCAUAGCUACGGGUAUCUGGAUUCGUGCUUGUGAUGAUGUUAGAAUAAGGGGCCUGUUGUAGUGCGAAGGAAAGGACCUAGGGAAGGGUUCAAGGGACGAGAUGUUUUGAUUUCUUGUUUGUUUUGUAAUCCUUUAGUGGUUGGGGUCCUUGUAAUUUAGAGUGGUAAUCCUUUGAUUGAGUAAUGUGGUUAAGGUGAGAAAUGAGAUGGUGACUGGGAAAGGAGUGAGAAUAAUUGAACUUUAGGGUCCGUCUGGUUGUUUAGACCUUGUAUAGAUGAUACCAUAUAACUACAUAAAGAAACUGUCAUGAGUGGAAUGGGUGAUGAGUCAUAUAACUUGGGUUGGAAUGAAAGGAAUGAUUCUGUGUACUUUAUAUCCAUCUGUAUCUUCUCUUUUAUCUGUUGCAUUUCAUGCUGCGAAGAGUUUGCUUCUUCGACGUGAUACGAGAUGGUUGUAAUUCUAUGCUGAACGUGUUCAAAGGGAUUCGUCGAGAUUCGAAUACCUGAACAUUAGGUUCUUCUGGUGCCAUAAAAGAAAACCCAGAAAAGGAG